AUGAGUGCUAUUUAUAAAUUAUCCAUUCAGGGUAUACGGUCUUUUGACUCCAAUGAUAGGGAAACGAUUGAAUUUGGCAAGCCUUUGACUUUAAUUGUCGGCAUGAAUGGUUCAGGAAAGACAACCAUCAUUGAAUGUUUGAAAUACGCCACGACAGGUGACCUUCCACCAAACAGUAAAGGUGGAGUUUUCAUUCAUGACCCAAAGAUAACUGGGGAGAAGGACAUUAGAGCUCAGGUCAAACUGGCAUUUACAAGUGCCAAUGGACUCAAUAUGAUUGUCACCAGAAAUAUUCAACUGAUAAUGAAAAAGACAACCACUACGUUCAAGACUUUGGAAGGCCAAUUAGUUGCUAUUAACAAUAGUGGUGAUCGUAGCACAUUGUCUACCAGGUCUUUGGAAUUAGACGCUCAGGUGCCUCUUUAUCUGGGUGUCCCAAAGGCAAUUCUAGAGUACGUAAUAUUCUGUCACCAAGAGGACAGCCUUUGGCCACUGAGUGAACCUUCGAAUUUGAAGAAAAAGUUUGAUGAGAUUUUCCAAGCAAUGAAAUUUACAAAGGCUCUAGACAACUUAAAAUCCAUAAAGAAGGACAUGUCUGUGGAUAUCAAGUUAUUGAAGCAAUCAGUGGAACACCUGAAGUUAGACAAAGACAGAUCCAAGGGUAUGAUGCUCAAUAUUCACCAAUUGCAAACGAAAAUUGACCAGUACAAUGAAGAAGUAUCCCAAAUUGAAAUUCAGCUGAACGAAAUCACUGGAAAAUCUGAUAAACUAUUUAAAUCGAAUCAAGAUUUUCAAAAAAUCUUAUCCAAAGUGGAGAACUUGAAAAAUACAAAAGUUUCAAUUAGUGAUCAAGUGAAAAGAUUGUCAAACUCGAUUGACAUCCUGGAUUUAUCGAAACCAGAUUUGCAAAAUUUAUUGAAAAAUUUCUCUAAAGUCUUGAUGGAUAAGAAUAACCAGUUGAAAGAUUUAGAAAUGAGUAUUUCAAAUCUGAAAGAACAGCAGUCAUCCUUACAAAAUCUCUCUAAUUCUCUCAUUAGAAGACAAGGUGAAUUAGAAGCCGGUAAGGAUGCAUACGAAAAGAACUUAAAUAAUCUUUCCUCACUGAAGGAAAUCUUUCAAAAUAGGUUCCAACAUCUAACAAAUACUGAGAAUAAUGACAUGACUCGAAUAAACCACGAAAUGUCACAAUUCAGAACUCUUAUAUCUCAAGAACUAACAGAUGCUGCGGAACAAUUUUCAAAGGAAAUUCAAUUGAAAGAGACCAAUUUAUCCGAGUUAGUAAAUUCAAUAACUGUUGAUACACAAAAUUUGGAAUAUAAUAGAAAAGAUAGGAUAAAACUAAUACGUGAUACUGAAGAACUUACUGAAAAACUAAGGUCCUUCGAAAAUUCAUUCACUCAGGAUGGUCUCAAUCAAGAAAUAGAGAAACUCAAGGCCUACAGGGAAAAGUUACAGAUUUGGGAAAGUGAUAAUAUUAUAUCAAAAUUGAACCAGAAAAUAGAAGAAAAGAACAAUGAAAUGAUCAUUUUAGAGAACCAAAUUGAAAAAUUCCAAGAUCGUAUAAUGAAAACAAAUCAGCAAUCGGACUUAUAUGCUAAAUUAGGACUAAUCAAAAAAUCUAUUAAUUCCAAAUCCGAUGAAUUACAAAAGAUCACGGAAAAAUUACAAAGUGAUCCAAGAAUAAGAGAGAUAUUUCCUGUUGUUCAAGAAUUUCAGAAAUCUGAUUUAGAAAUGGAUUUUCAGAAACUUUUUAUUAAUAUGCAAAAGAAUAUAGCGACCAACAACAAAAAUAUUCAUGAUUUGGAUAGAAGAUAUACAAAUGACUUAUAUAAUUUGAAAGCUAUUGAAAAGGAUUUACAGGAUAACCUUCAAUCGAAAAAAAAGGUGACAGAAAUUUUGAAUGAAAACUUGCCUGAAGAUUGUGCCAUCGACGAAUACAAUGAUGUCCUAGAAGAAACUGAACUCUCCUAUAAAACUGCAUUAGAGAACUUGAAGAUGCACCAAACAACUUUGGAAUUCAAUCGAAAGGCCUUAGAAAUAGCUGAACGUGACAGCUGCUGUUAUUUGUGUUCAAGAAAAUUUGAAAAUGAAAUGUUCAAAAGUAAGUUGUUACAAGAGCUAAAAACCAAAACAGACAUAAAUUUUGAAAAAACUUUAAAAGAGACAGUUCAAAAUGAAAAGGAAUAUCUCCAUAGCUUAAGGCUGUUGGAGAAGCAUAUCCUUUCAUUUAGUUCCUUAAAUGAGAAAAUCAAUAAUGCUCAGGAAUGCCUUGAAAAGGCUAAAGAGGAAACAAAAACUUCCAAAUCGAAACUUGAUGAACUGGAAACGAAUUCUAAGAAAUUGAAAAAUGAAAAGGAAUUUGCUGAAUCCGAAAUUCGCCCUCUGAUUGAGAAAUUCAAUUAUUUGGAAAGAGAAAUUAAAGAUCUUGAGAACAGUUCCAAAACAAUAUCUGAGGAAUUAUCCAUCUACCACACCGGCGAAGAUGCUAUUCAAACUGUCGAUGAGCUAAGGGAUCAACAAAAACAUAUGAAUGACUCUUUACGUGAACUAAGGAAAAGUAUUGCGGAUUUGCAAAUGGACAAAGAUGAGAAAGUGAGAGAAAAUGCAAGAAUGAUUAGUUUAAUCAAGGAGAAGGAAUUGACAGUUUCUGAAAUCGAAUCAUCACUAACACAAAAGCAAAACAUUGAUGAUUCUAUAAAGGCAAAAAAAGUGAACAUCAGAGAUAUUGAUUCUAGAGUAGAAGCUCUAGAAUCACGUAUUAUUACGUUGAAGGACAAAAAAGAUGAAGCCCAAACUGUUCUGGAUAAACUAAAAUAUGAGCGUGAUAUUCAAAUACACAAUAAACAAAAAACAGUGGCAGAUGUUAAUCGCUUAAUAGAUAGAUUUCAGGCAAUUUAUAAAGAAGUUAUUGAUUUUGAAACUAAGGGAUUCACCGAAUUACAAACAACGAUAAAGGAAUUAGAGUUGAAUAAAGUACGAAUGCAAGAAUUGAAAGAACAACUUGAUCUCAAGUUAGAUGAAAUUAAUGAGGAAAAAAGAAAACUUUCUGAGUCAAAUAAUGAAGAGAAAAAUUUGAAGCAAAACCUAGAAUUAAUUGAAUUAAAGCUGCAACUCCAAGAUAUCGAAUCUGAAAUCAGUAAAUUGGAUGUUCAAAAUGCAGAAGCUGAAAGAGAUAAAUAUCAAGAGGAAUCACUAAGGCUAAGAACCAAUUUUGAAAAGCUAAGCUCUGAGAAUGCAGGCAAAUUAGGCGAAAUGAAACAAUUACAAAACCAGAUAGAUUCGUUGACACAUCAAUUGCGAACCGAUUACAAAGACAUCGAAAAAAAAUAUCAUAAAGAAUGGGUUGAAUUACAGACGAGAACCUUUGUUACUGAUGAUAUAGAUGUCUAUUCUAAAGCAUUGGAUAGUGCUAUUAUGAAAUAUCAUGGGUUGAAAAUGCAGGAUAUAAACAGAAUCAUUGACGAAUUGUGGAAGCGUACGUAUAGUGGCACUGAUAUAGAUACUAUCAAAAUAAGAUCUGACGAAGUUAGUAGUACUGUGAAGGGAAAAUCAUAUAACUAUCGUGUUGUGAUGUACAAGCAGGAUGUUGAACUAGAUAUGAGAGGAAGAUGUUCCGCGGGCCAAAAGGUUCUUGCGUCAAUUAUCAUCAGACUAGCUCUAUCUGAAACGUUUGGCGCUAAUUGUGGUGUAAUAGCACUGGAUGAACCUACAACUAAUUUAGAUGAAGAGAACAUCGAAAGUUUAGCAAAAUCUCUACACAAUAUAAUUAACAUGAGAAGACACCAAAAAAAUUUUCAACUAAUUGUCAUUACUCAUGAUGAGAAAUUUUUAGGCCAUAUGAAUGCAGCGGCAUUUACUGACCACUUCUUCAAAGUCAAAAGAGAUGACAGGCAAAAAUCACAAAUUGAAUGGGUAGAUAUUAAUAGAGUCACUUAUUGA